AUGUCUCUAGUUCCAACAGCCUCAGUUUUGCUCGCCUGGUUGAGCCUCAUCACCGCUCAGUUUGAUCACUGUCUUCGUCCCAGUGGUUGCUACGGUGAUGCUUGUUGUUUUAAUGUGGUCACAAAAACCGGACCGAUCUGUGAUCCGAUUCCCGGUUGUGCUGCCUCAUUCCCGGUCGAUUGCUGCCGCAAUGCGAGACCGAUUCACACGGAUUUUGGAAUUUUCUACGGCUACGCAAUCCAGUUGGACAGUGCAUUCGGAUAUGGAGAAUUAGGACAACGCUAUUUGGAGGUGAGUUGA